AUGUUCUAUUAUUUUGCACCAGUGGCUAUAAUAGGAGGUUUUGUUGGUUUAACGGUGCUAAUGGCCGGACAUAGCCUGAAGCAGCAGCUUGUGCAUGCUCCGGCAAUCAGUACAAGAAAGAACAGAAGAGCGGCUGUAGCUGAGGUCGAUGAUCCAGAGAAUUGUGUUUCCUCCGCUGACAAAUUCAUCAACAAGUCUUGGCUACGUAAAGUAGGUCAGAUUCAAGAUAAGUCUAAAGCAAUCUUAUCUGAUCCCACCCGACCUAACCCAUACACCAUGCCUCGAAAUGCAGAGACCUUGAACUCCGUUGGUGUGGCUCCAAAGGGUAUCUGAAAACUUUCUUAAGAGUCGAACAAGAUUUUUUUUUUUUUGCUUUCGAAUAAAAGGUCUCAUUUAUGUUUUCUAAUUUCUUUGAUUUAAUUAAACUGUACUGUACAUAUAAAAUAAUCUCUUUGAGCUUGUUUCAAAUA